AUGCUCACUCAAGAUGUUUCACUCAAAGACCUGCCCUACCGCGAGAUGGAGACCAUCAUUCUGGUCAGUGAGUCACACUUCCACCCUGGCAGCCAAACAUUUUGUAUGGUCAAAAGUAGUGAACUAAAUAGGGAAUAGGGUGCCAUUUGGGAUGCACCCAUACAUUACCAGUCAAAAAGUUUGGACACACCUACUCAUGCAAGGUUUUUCUUUAUUUUUAGUAUUUUCUACAUUGUAGAAUAAUAGUGAAGACAUCAAAACUAUGAAAUAACACAUUUAAUGUAUCAUGUAGUAACCAAAAAAUUGUUUAAAAAAAAUUUGUUCUUCAAAGUAGCCACCCUUUGCCUUGAUGACAGCUUUGCACACUCUUGGCAUUCUCUCAACCAGCUUCACCUGGAAUGCUUUUCCAACAAUCUUGAAGGAGUUCCCACAUAUGCUGAGCACUUGUUGGCUGCUUUUCCUUCACUCUCCGGUCCAACUCAUCCCAAACCAUCUCAAUUGGGUUGAGGUCGGGUGAUUGGGGAGGCCAGAUCAUCUGAUACAGCACUCCAUCACUCUCCUUCUUGGUCAAAUAACCCUUACACAGCCUGGAGGUGUGUUGGGUCAUUGUCCUGUUGAAAAACAAAUGAUAGUCCCACUAAGCCCAAACCAGAUGGGAUGGCGUAUCGCUGCAGAAUGCUGUGGUAGCCAUGCUGGUUAACUGUGCCUUCAAUUCUAAAUAAAUCAGACAGUGUCACCAGCAAAGCACCAUCACACCUCCUCCAUGCUUCACGGUGGGAACCACACAUGCAAAGAUCAUCCGUUCACCUACUCUGCGUCUCACAAAGACACGGCGGAUGGAACCAAAAAUCUCAAAUUUGGACUCCUCAGACCAAACGACAGAUUUCCACUGGUUUAAUGUCCAUUGUUCGUGUUUCUUGGCCCAAGCAAGUCUGUUCUUCAUAUUGGUGUCCUUUAGUAGUGGUUUCUUUGCAGCAAUGCGACCAUGAGGGCCUGAUUCACACAAUCUCCUCUGAACAGUUGAUGUUGAGAUGUAGGGAUAUCUUCUGUAUACCACCCCUACCUUGUCACAACACAACUGAUUGGCUCAAAUGCAUUAAGAAGGAAAUAAAUUUCACAAAUUAACUUUUAACAAGCCACACCUGUUAAUUGGAAUGCAUUCCAGGUGACUACCUCAUGAAGCUGGUUGAGAGAAUGCCAAGAGUUUGCAAAGCUGUCAUCAAGGCAAAGGGUGGCUACUUUGAAGAAUCAUAAAUAUAAAAUAUAUGUUGAUUUGUUUAACACUUUUUGGGUUACUACAUGAUUCCAUAUGUGUUAUUUCAUAGUUUUGAUGUCUUCACUAUUAUUCUACAAUGUAGAAAAUAGUAAAAAUAAAGAAAAACCUUUGAAUGAGUAGGUGUGUCCAAACAUUUGAUUGGUACUGUACAUUAUGUGAAGCAGACACAUUGUGGAGCCAGUUUAUGACCACCCUAUUCAAACUCUACAGCAGAGCACCUGAUAAAAUAUGCAAACAUAACGCUCUCUCUCUGUACCUCUUUCUCUCUCUUUUUUCCACAGUUUCACAAAGACUUGAUCAAAGCCAUUCCUCUGGUGAUAAUCUCUAUCCCGCCUUUUGCCAUUAUUCUGGUCUUCACCCUUAUGUGAGUUGUUUUGAAUCAACCAGCCUGAUAUUGACAAUAUAAAUCACCAGAGAGACUGAUUUUAAAAGAGUGCACAUUUUGUCAUUUGUAGGGUAGUCAUAUGAACAGCAUUCUUACAUUUUUUUACAUUUUAGUCAUUUAGCAGACGCUCUUAUCCAGAGCGACUUACAGUUAGUGCAUACAUUUUUCAUACUGGCCCCCCCGUGGGAAUUGAACCCACAACCCUGGCGUUGCAAGCGUCAUGCUCUACCAACUGAGCUACACGGGACUACACUCAUAUGGAAAAUGGACGGCCCCUUACUAGACGUCCGUGGGUAGGCCGACGGCCUCAGGUCGAGCGCCAAGGCCCGUUCUUCCGGGAAGUCACAAAAAUAAAGUUUCCAGGACACUCGGUUUCCGAGAUAUAAAUACAGUGGCUUGCGAAAGUAUUCACACCCCUUCGCAUUUUUCCUAUUUUGUUGCCUUACAACCUGGAAUUAAAAUAGAUUUGUUGCCGGGGUUGUAUCAUUUCAUUUACACAACAUGCCUACCACUUUGAAGAUGCAAAAUAUAUAUUUUUUUAUUUAUAUUAUUUUUUAUAUAUUAAAGGUCAAAAACGGUAAUACAGCGCUAAUUUUACUGCUGCACAUCAAAGUACAUAAACCUACGGUGUAAGGAAAAAUAGAACCAGCCAUUUAGCUAUCGUAGUUUACGAUUAAUCGUACAACGUCCAAUUCGUGAUGCAAAAAUGUUUUUGGGGGUAGAAAAAAGUUAUAGAUACAGUUGAGGCGUGUUGAGCUCUAGUUGAUUUCUGUGAAGUUAAGUGCAUUUUCAUAUUACAAAUGGACAGCCCCGUGUACUUCAAGUAUUAUUUUGAGACCCAAAGAACCACCCCAUAAGCCCAGGACACAGAGACAGCACCCAUAGAGACAUGCUCUAGCCUGACAAGUGCUCACACUGCCCAACAGACUUCCGAGAAACUCACACACACAGCCAAGAUGGAGUGACACAGUGUGGGGCUUACAGACGCACAGAGCCUGCAAUAGUUACCUGCGUUCGAACCAUCAAAGAACCGUCAGACCUAGAUCUCUGGAACUUUAAAAACCUGUUCUAGAGUUUGUCGGUACUGCACAGUGAGUUAUGUGGCUCUAGGAGGUUCUCCGGCCGAGAAACAGCCUUGUCCAUUUGCAAUAUAUUUAAUUCAUUUUUAACAUCACAAAAAUGAUGACAUUUAGAAAAGUCCCAGAAUCACAAGACUAGGUGCAUUGAAACCGCCUCGGCCCAUAGAAAUGGACCCUACACGUUUCUGCCCGAUAGCUCGUUCAGGGACCCCGUAGCAACCGCUGAAAUAAGUGCAUUUUCAGCACUAAUUAAGGUCGCUGCUCGGGUUCCGAAUGAACUAUCAAGCCGAAACUGGAAUUCAGGUUCGCCUCAGCUAGGCCUGCACAUAAUGAACUGGACCCGCAGCUCGAAUGUAACUGCGUGUUUUACGUUUUGUAAUGGUUUUAACAGAAGGCGCUAUGAAUUUUGGGCCGGCUCUGACAUAUGUGAUGGUUGGCUUCUAAACGGGUUGGACAAAGUGAGUUUGGUGUCAGUAUGAUAUCUUACUGACUGAUGGCUGACUUGAUGGCUGACUGUCCAAUUGCAGUAUAAUAUAUUGGCAUUGUCCAUAUGUUAUAUUGCUAAUGGACAGUGUCCAUUACCCAUUUGUUUAAACAGGGAGUUACCAUCACCAAAUGGACAGGAUAAAAUCAUCACUGAACGGCAAACAAACGGCAUCACUAUAGUCUCUAGGCUGUUCUCAGUUCAACGAGGUGACCCACUUGACCGUAGCUUGCUCGGUCUGACCGUAGCGACUGUGCAAAAAAUUAAGCCUGACUCGUAGUGAUUUCAACAUGCUUUUCACAUAUUACGGCCUCUGUGUCACAAAGAGACACGCUGGGGUCAUCGGGGGGAGGUUGGGGUGGACAAUUCACACAGUUCUUCGAGCUGCGCUCGGCAGUUCAUGUAGUUUGACCCAUCCGAGUUGUUCCCUUAGGAUAACAUUGGAUUACAGGUUAUGCUCUAACUUUGCUUCUGUGCAUGCAAUUUGCAAAGUGCCUUUUGCCAUGUGUUCAGGGUCACCGGUAGCUCAAGAGAUAUCAAUAUGAAUAGAGUACAUGGUCCCCUUCAUAUCCUAAACGGAAAGUAUGAACUUGUAAUAUAUCAAAUGGCAAAUGCCAUUGUAACAUAUUGCAAUUGGACAGCAAUCAAGUCAGCCAUCUCAUUGCUUAAAAUCAUCAUAAACAAUCAAAGGACAGCACAUUUGAAUUGUAUUUGUACAGUAGAGUGUCUCAGUAGGGACUUUAUUAGUUUAAACCCUUUAACUGCAUGUCCAAUUCGUGAUGGUAAAUGCCCAUUGUAAUAUAUUGCUAAUGGACACUGUCCAUUUCCAAUAUGUUUAAGCAAUGAUUUACCAUCACCAAAUGGACAGGCUGAAAUCAACACCAACGAGCGAGGGAGAGGAACCACUAUCACUGCUAGACCAUCCCGAGUUCAACGAGCCAGACAAUUGGGCAUUUCAGCAAUGUAACAGCAUGUCCAAUUCGUGAUGGUAAAUGCCUAUUGUAAUAUAUUGCUAAUGGACAGUGUCCAUUACACAUAAUACAUUGCCAGUCUUAACAUGUUAUGAUGGACACUGUCCAUUUCUAAUAUAUUUAAGCAGUGAUUUACCAUCACCAAAUGGACAGGCUGAAAUUAACACCCAAGAGUGUAGGAGAGGAAACACUAUGUCUGUUUGACUCAUACUUUUUCUCCAUUGGCAAUAAAUUACUCUGCUAAUUGGACAGUCGAUUACACAUAAUACAUGCCAGUCUUAACAUGUUAUACUGCAAUUGGACAGUGUCCAUUGCCAAUGUACACUACCAUUCAAAAGUUUGGGGUCACUUAGAAAUGUCCUUGUUUUCGAAAGAAAAGCAAUUUUUUUGUCAAUUAAAAUAACAUCAAAUUGAUCAGAAAUACAGUAUAGACAUUGUUAAUGUUGUAAAUGGCUAUUGUAGCUGUAAACGGCUGGUUUUUAAUGGAAUAUCUACAUAGGCGUACAGAGGCCCAUUAUCAGCAACCAUCAGUCCUGUGUUCCAAUGGCACGUUGUUGGCUAAUCCAAGUUGAUCAUUUUAAAAGGCUAAUUGAUCAUUAGAAAACCCUUUUGCAAUUAUGUUAGCACAGCUGAAAACUGUUGUGCUAAUUAAAGAAGCAAUAAAACUGGCCUUCUUGAGACUAGUUGAGUAUCUCGAGCACCACAAUCAGCAAUUGUGGGUUCGAUGGUAGGCUCCAAAUGGCCAGAAACAAAGAACUGUCUUCUGAAACUCGUCAGUCUAUUCUUGUUCUGAGAAAUUAAGGCUACUCCAUGUGAGAAAGUGCCAAGAAACUAAAGAUCUCAUACAACGCUGUGUACUACUCCCUUCACAGAACAGCGCAAACUGGCUCUAACCAGAAUAGAAAGAGGAGUGGGAGGCCCCGGUGCACAACUGAGCAAGAGGACCUCUCGCAUAAAAUAAGACAAAUCUAUAUCCAUACGGGUCUUUAGUAAUGUAUAAUUGAGACAAAAUUGAAUUUUUUUCAAAACACGGUCCAAAACGCACUUUCUGUAAUUGGUAAUUUCACCCUUGAGAUUUGACUUUGUUGUCCAUUUGCAAUAUACUUUCUGAUGGUGGUGUGCGCUCACCCCCCUUAGGAUUUUUGAAUUAUUACACUGGCAUUUGCCAUAUACCAUUUGCAAUAUGUUUUGCCCCAUUUACCGUCCAUUUGAGUGGUAUUUGCAAUUGUGUAUAUGUUUUGCCCAAUGGCAAUAAAUUGCCAUUCAUUUUUGUCCAUUAGGCCUAUGCUUUCCCUUACCCCAUGAUAAUUACCAGAUGUUCGUGGAGAGACUUGUAACAGAGUGUAUAUAUAGAGAGAGUGGAUCUUUGUUCUGGAGUUAGGAAGUUGGUAGAGGCAAAGCUCUGUCCUUGUGUUAUAACUAUCCAUGUUACCAUAUUAAAUAUAUUGUAUGAACUCCCCAUCAAAAAUGUCUAAGUACAUCCUUAUAUUCAUAAUCACUUGAUACCCUAGAAACCCAUAACACCUGGUGAUAAUCUGUAUCCUGCCUUUUGUCAUUUUUCUGGUCUUCAGCCUUAUGUGAGUUGUUUUGUAUCAACCAGCCUGAUAUUGACAAUAUAAAUCACCAGAGAGACUGAUUUUAAAAGAGUGCAAAUGUAGUCAUUUGUAGGGUAGUCAUGCAUGCUUUCAAAAUGCCAAGUUUUGUUGGGUUAUUGAAUGAAUGGUAAAUGAUGGUUUACCUCUAAUCUGAUAUGUGUCCUCUCCUCUCAUUGGUAGGUGCCUGUUCCCUCGGCAGCUCCUGAUUCAUCACCUGUGGACUCCGCAGCAGCAGCAGGACUUCCAGAGGCUGUACCACGAGCAGCGAUGCCGACACCGUGAGAACAUCCUGAAGGGCGUGGCCUGGUCGAUAGCUCACAUAAAAGAGUGGACCCUCCGCAGCCACCUGCUCACCCUCAUCAGCAAGGUUCCUCACUUAGCCCUUUGAACUCUGAGCAUGUUUAUUAAUUAAACAGUGACAUUUCAGAGAGAUGCCAUGCAUUUAUUAUGUUUUAGACAUAUAGGUAAUGAUUCAUCACCAUUUUGAAAUGAAUAGCCAAAGACUGUCAGUGCAUGUUGAUAGAACAGUUCUCUUACCGUACAUCUGAGGAUGAUCCCGGCAUUGCAAUUCUGCAUUUACUAAUUAUCAUUACAUAGAUGUUCAGUGAGAAACUGUGUGUUAAUGAAUAAAGGGAAAGGUCCACACCCAUAUCAUGCUGAUAAUAUAGUGUGUUGACUUCCCACACCAGGGGUUGGUUGAGGCCUUUUCUGUUAUGAAAGAUUUUUGUGUGUGUCUGGAGAAUGCAGUUUAACCUGUCCUGCCUGGUCCAGUUGGGGUGUGUCUGCAGAAUGCGAGGGUUGAUUCAAAUGUUUGUUGUGCAGCGUGGGGCUCACCCCAGUGUGAAAGACAUCAAUGCAGUGAGGUGCAUGUUCUCCGGACAACCACUGGGAAUAUCAGGCAUGGCUUCGGGUCACAUGGUAAGGAUUUUAGGUGUAUAUUACAGAGCGGUCCUCUGCUUGUAAAGAGCAUUUCGUUUUGUUAUGCAAUUCUGUUUUCUUUGAAACUUGAAGGAGAGAGCAGACUGGGAGGUUGAGAGUCAAAGGGUCAUACCUGUAUAGACAUUGUUUUGUUUUGUCUGUGUGAAACAUAAGACCAAAACAUCUGCUUCAUGUUUUUUUGACUUAGUGAUUUGUUUGGGGAUUCAAUUCACAUGGAUAACUCAUCUGACUGGUGUCUUUCUCAAUCUUUCUCUUUGUCUCGCCACCUCCCUUUCUUUCCUACUCUCUCUUUUCCCCCACACUCCCUCCCUUCCUUACCCCCUUCCUAUCUUCUCCCUCUCUCUCCUGUCCUCCUCUAAUUCCCUUGUUCCCACUCUGAGGCUGCUGUGCUCCCACCUCUUGCUGAACCCCUGGUUCACGGGGUUCGUGCUCUUGCGCCGACUGAGGGCCAAAGCCCUGGACCUGUUUUACUUGGAUCAGGCUCUGGACACACUAGGACAGGGCCAGCUCACUGACACAGAGAUCAGAGAGGUCAGCUUCCCCACCAAUAUAAUCCCAUCUCAAGACUGCCAUUUAUAGUAGGUCCGGGAUUAUACCAGUAUCGCAAUAUUUUUUUCAUGGCAAAAAUGAAAACAUUACAUUUACAUCAUUUAGCAGACGCUCUUAUCCAGAGCGACUUACAAAUUGGUGCAUUCAAUUUAUGAUAGCCUUGUGGGGGGUGGGGAAGGGGGUAGAAGGAUUACUUUAUACUAUUCCAGGUAUUCCACCAUUGGGGUGCCAGAGCAGUUCCGUAGGCAAGCACCAUGGUCUUGUAGUAGAUGCGAGCCUCAACUGGAAUCCAGUGGAGUGUGCGGAGGAGCGGGGUGACAUGAGAGAACUUGGGAAGGUUGAACACCAGACGGGCUGCAGCGUUCUGGAUAAGUUGUAGGGGUUUAAUGGCACAGGCAGGGAGCCCAGCCAACAGCGAGUUGCAGUAAUCCAGACGGGAGAUGACAAGUGCCUGGCUUAGGACCUGUGCCGCUAGCUGUGUAAGGUAGGGUCGUACUCUGAGAAUGUUGUAGAGCAUGAACCUGCAGGAUCAGGUCACCGCUUUGAUGUUGGCGGAGAACGACAGGGUGUUGUCCAGGGUCACGCCAAGGUUCUUUGCACUCUGGGAGGAGGACUCAAUGGAGUUGUCAACCGUGAUUGCGAGAUCAUGGAGCGGGCAGUCCUUCCCCGGGAGGAAGAGCAGCUCCGUCUUGCCGAGGUUCAGCUUGAGGUGGUGAUCCGACAUCCACACUGAUAUGUCUGCCAGACAUGCAGAGAUGCGAUUCGCCACCUGGUUAUCAGAAGGGGCAAAGGAGAAAAUGAAUUGUGUGUCGUCUGCAUAGCAAUGAUAGGAGAGACCAUGUGAGGAUAUGACAGAGCCAAGUGACUAGGAGAGGGCCUAGAACUGAGCCCUGGGGGACACCAGUGGUGAGAGCACGUGGUGCGCAGACAGAUUCUCGCCACGCCACCUGGUAGGAGCGACCUGUCAGGUAGGACGCAAUCCAAGAGUGAGCAGCGCCGGAGAUGCCCAACUCGGAGAGGGUGGAGAGGAGGAUCUGAUGGUCCACAGUAUCAAAGGCAGCAGAUAGGUCUAGAAGGAUAAGAGCAGAGGAGAGAGAGUUAGCUUUAGCAGUGCGGAGAGCCUCCAAGACACAGAGAAGAGCAGUCUCAGUUGAAUGACCAGUCUUGAAACCUGACUGGUUUGGAUCAAGAAGGUCAUUCGGAGAGAGAUAGCAGGAGAGUUGGCUAGAGACGGCACGCUCAAGAGAUUUGGAGAGAAAAGAAUGAAGGGAUACUGGUCUGUAGUUGUUGACAUCGGAGGGAUCGAGGGUAGGUUUUUUGAGGAGGGGUGCAACUCUCGCUCUCUUGAAGAUGGAAGGGACAUGGCCAGCGGUCAAGGAUGAGUUGAUGAGCGAGGUGAGGUAAGGGAGAAGGUCUCCGGAAAUGGUCUGGAGAAGAGAGGAGGGGAUAGGGUCAAGCGGGCAGGUUAUUGGGUGGCCGGCCGUCACAAGUGGCAAGAUUUCAUCUGGAGAGAGAGAGGAGAAAGAAGUCAAAGCAUAGGGUAGGGCAGUGUGAGCAGGACCAGCGGUGUCAUUUGACUUAAUAAAUGAGGAUCGGAUGUCGUCUACCUUCUUUUCAAAAUGUUUGACGAAGUCAUCCACAGAGAGGGAGGAGGGAGGGAUAGGAGGAGGAGUAUUCAGCAGGGAGUAGAAGGUGACAAAGAGCUUCCUAGGGUUAGAGGCAGAGGCUUGAAAUUCAGAGUGGUAGAAAGUGGCUUUAGCAGCGGAAACAGAGGAAGAGAAUGUAGAGAGAAGGGAGUGAAAAGAUGACAGGUCCGCAGUGAGUCUAGUUUUCCUCCAUUUCCGCUCGCCUGCCCGGAGCCCUCUUCUGUGAGCACGCAAUGAGUCAUCAAGCCACGGAGCAGGAGGGGAGGACCGAGCCGGCCGGGAGGAUAGGGGACAUAGAGAGUCAAAAGAUGCAGAAAGGGAGGAGAGGAGGGUUGAGGCCGAAUCAGGAGAUCGGAGGGAGAAGGAUUUAGCAGAGGGAAGAGAUGAUAGGAUGGAAGAGGAGAGAGUAGCGGGAGAGAGAGAGCGAAGGUUGCGACGGCACAUUACCAACUGAGUAGGGGCAGAGUGAGUAGUGUUGGAGGAGAGCGAGAGAGAAAAGGAUAAAAAGUAGUGGUCGGAGACUUGGAGGGGAGUUACAGUGAGAUUAGUAGAAGAACAGCAUCUAGUAAAGAUGAGGUCAAGCGUAUUGCCUGCCUUGUGAGUAGGGAGGGACGGUGAGAGGGUGAGGUCAAAAGAGGAAAGGAGUGGAAAGAAGGAGGCAGAGAGAAAUUAGUCAAAGGCAGACGUAGGGAGGUUAAAGUCAGCCAGAACUGUGAGGGGUGAGCCAUCCUCAGGAAAGGAACUCAUCAAGGCGUCAAGCUCAUUGAUGAACUUCCCAAGGGAACCUGGAGGGCGAUAAAUGACAAGGAUGUUAAGCUUGAAUGGGCUAGUGACUGUGACAGCAUGGAAUUCAAAUGAGGAGAUAGACAGAACAUGAAGCAGACUAAUCUCUUUGGUCCUUUAAAAACCUGCUGUAUGUAAAAUAUUGUGUGCUUUAGCUUGGAAAAUAAAUAAAUGUGACUCUGGAUGACAACAUAAUGAUGUUUGUUUCCAACAUUAGGGCUGUUUUCCUAAAGAAGAUACAGUGGGGGAAAAAAGUAUUUAGUCAGCCACCAAUUGUGCAAGUUCUCCCACUUAAAAAGAUGAGAGAGGUCUGUAAUUUUCAUCAUAGGUACACGUCAACUAUGACAGACAAAAUGAGGAAAAAAAUCAAGAAAAUCACAUUGUAGAAUUUUUUAUGAAUUUAUUUGCAAAUUAUGAUGGAACAUAAGUAUUUGGUCAAUAACAAAAGUUUCUCAAUACUUUGUGAUAUACCCUUUGUUGGCAAUGACACAGGUCAAACGUUUUCUGUAAGUCUUCACAAGGUUUUCACAGACUUGCUGGUAUUUUGGCCCAUUCCUCCAUGCAGAUCUCCUCAAGAGCAGUGAUGUUUUGGGGCUGUCGCUGGGCAACACGGACUUUCAACUCCCUCCAAAGAUUUUCUAUGGGGUUGAGAUCUGGAGACUGGCUAGGCCACUCCAGGACCUUGAAAUGCUUCUUACGAAGCCACUCCUUCGUUGCCCGGGCGGUGUGUUUGGGAUCAUUGUCAUGCUGAAAGACCCAGCCACGUUUCAUCUUCAAUGCCCUUGCUGAUGGAAGGAGGUUUUCACUCAAAAUCUCACGAUACAUGGCCCCAUUCAUUCUUUCCUUUACACGGAUCAGUCGUCCUGGUCCCUUUGCAGAAAAACAGCCCCAAAGCAUGAUGUUUCCACCCCCAUGCUUCACAGUAGGUAUGGUGUUCUUUGGAUGCAACUCAGCAUUCUUUGUCCUCCAAACAUGACGAGUUGAGUUUUUACCAAAAAGUUCUAUUUUGGUUUCAUCUGACCAUAUGACAUUCUCCCAAUCCUCUUCUGGAUCAUCCAAAUGAACUCUAGCAAACUUCAGACGGGCCUGGACAUGUACUGGCUUAAGCAGGGGGACACGUCUGGCACUGCAGGAUUUGAGUCCCUGGCGGCGUAGUGUGUUACUGAUGGUAGGCUUUGUUACUUUGGUCCCAGCUCUCUGCAGGUCAUUCACUAGGUCCCCCCGUGUGGUUCUGGGAUUUUUGCUCACCGUUCUUGUGAUCAUUUUGACCCCACGGGGUGAGAUCUUGCGUGGAGCCCCAGAUCGAGGGAGAUUAUCAGUGGUCUGACCAAAUACUUAUUUUCCACCAUAAUUUGCAAAUAAAUUCAUUAAAAAUCCUACAAUGUGAUUUUCUGUAUUUUUUUUCUCAAUUUGUCUGUCAUAGUUGAUGUGUACCUAUCUAUGAUGAAAAUUACAGGCCUCUCUCAUCUUUUUAAGUGGGAGAACUUGCACAAUUGGUGGCUGACUAAAUACUUUUUUCCCCCACUGUAUAUUCAGUAGGUGUGGCCCAAGCAUGAAGCAAACUCACAACUCAGGUGUAACUCCAUGUUCUUAAAAAGCUAGCCAUAGGCACUUCUAGCUGAUGCUCAGUGUUUGGUAAUGCACAAAAAAUAAACAUACAUUAUAAUCUUCGGUAAGACAGAACUCUCGUAACAGAAUAGCAAGACUGGCUUUUAUGUCCUUUUAAGGAGUUUUUUUAUGAUGCAAUUUCUUCAUCUUAUCUUAAGUAUGAAAAAUGUCUGCACUCACUAACUGUAAGUCACUCUGGAUAAGAGCGUCUGCUAAAUGACUCAAAUGUAAAUGUAAAAUGUAAGUGAUGUACUACUUCUCCACUUCCCCAGGCCUGCUACCUGUGGCGGCUCAAUCCCAGCAGCCUCACCACUAGCCAGUGCCGAGAGUGGCUCCUCCAGUGGCUUCAGUUGUCCACCCACCUUACAGGUCUGACCUGUUUUACUUACAGGCAUAUUUGAUAAAGUGCAAACCCCGCCCCACUGGCACUCAAGGCUGGCUGAAGGAAACACUAAAAUGUUUGAAAGACUUCAAAUUAUAUUUGAACCCAGGUCUAUUUUAUUCACAUGGGAUUGCUUGAUGUCAUAUUUAUCAGGGCUUGGUUCACAAUGCCAUUUGGCUCUGUACACUGUUUUUAUCAUAACACAUCCUGACUUUCAUAGUGCACAUUUUAUACAGCAUUAUGCUAUUGAUGUGGUAUUUACUCAAAAUGACAUGGUAAAUAGUUAUUAUACUGUAAUUACAUAAUUAUUACACUCUCUCUUCUAGGGGAUUCAUUUAAAGAGCAUUAUUAUACUAGCACAUUAUUUUGGGUAGUUACAAUGGUGUUGAAUGCUUUGAAGUAGUCUAUACCAGAAUGUAGCCAUGUAAUUUCUCAAUAUCAGACAAAUAACACCUGAAAAUAUACUUUAUUUGUUAAUAUUGUUUUUAUUUAAUAGUGAUAACUACUCCUACAUAAUUGAUAUUUAGAAGUAUAACUGACACCGUAUACUUCCACAGCUGGGGCUACGGCCUGGCAAGCUGUAAAAAUGUAAAUUAUUGAAUUUGACAUGGAUGUUAAUUAAUUCAUUUCCAAUUGUGUCACUUGUCAGUCAUGCUCAUGAAUCUCAGAUAGUAUGCAUUAUUCUUGUCUUAUGCUGCGUCCUCUUCUCUGUGCUUUCUAGAAUCAGAGACCUCUCUACUGCUGCACAACAUGGUCCUGCUCUCCAUGACUACCCCAGCCCCUGACCAGAGGAAGAAAGCAUGCAGCUGCAACCAAACUAUUUGUUAAAUUUAUUCAUUUGCUCUGACUACAAAUUCUAAUGGAACAGAAACCAUUAAUCUAAUUUUCUUUGGACAGAGAGGGAUAGAAUUAUACAAACUGUUCAAUUGUUAACACUCCUGAGUGGCGCAGUGGUCUAAGGCACUGCAUUGCAGUGCGAACUGUGCCACUAGAGAUCCUGGUUCGGAUCCUGGUUCGAAUCCAGGCUCUGUCGCCGCCGGCCGCGACCGGGAGACUCAUGGGCGGCGCACAAUUGGCCCAGCGUCGUCCAGGGUAGGGGAGGGAAUGGUCGGCAGGGAUGUAGCUCAGUUGAUAGAGCAUGGCGUUUGCAACGCCAGGGUUGUGGGUUUGAUUCCCACGGGGGGCCAGUAUAAAAAAAAAAAUAUGUAUUCACUAACUGUAAGUCGCUCUGGAUAAGAGCGUCUGCUAAAUGACUAAAAUGUAAAUGUUAACGUGGAGAAUCAAUGAGUCAGUGCAUGGAUGGCUUUGACUGUUACUGUGCUGUAUGUCUUAAUCCAUUCCACUGUGCACACAAGUCAUGAGACAUCACACGUACGUACACACACAAGCUCUCUCACAAUAGACUAUUUUAUCUGCUGCUGCACAGCAAGAGGAACCGUUGCAUCAAGUCUGACACCAACAGGCUCUUGAACAGCUUCUAUCCCCAAGCAAUAUGACUGAUAAAUAGCCUGUGUAGCUAUUUUGUUAGCUAUCUGAGUUAGCCUUGUAUCUUUAUUGACCUUUUAUUUCAAUCUUUGCACUGUCUCCAUGCAAACUCAGUGCCCUAUACACUCACACACACUCACUCCAACACACACACAAACACACACUCCAUCAUUUUCUUGCUCACACAUAAUAUGCACAUACAUUUAUACUGACUACACACCUGCACACCCACUCACAUACAAGCUGCUGCUACUCUAUUUAUCUUAUCCUUUUGCCUAGUCUCCCCUUACCCCUAUACAUAUCUACCUCCAUCACUCCAGUAUCCUUGCACAUGUAAAUAUGGUAUUUGAACUGACUUUUUAAAUAUUUCCUGUAUGUAGUAUGCUUACUUACUUUAUUGCGUAUUUCUUAUUCUUAUGUCUCGUGUUUUUUUUCUAGCUAUACAUUGUUAUUGAUUAUUGCUUCGUUGGGUUUUGAGUUUGCAAGAAAAGCAUAUCACUGUACUUGUAAAAUUAACUUGAAACACACUUUUCCAAAAUGUCCUGUUGUGGGGCUGUAUGUGGAGUGGAGAUAGAAUGGGAUAUUUUGUAAGCGUCACUUCAUUAGUUAACUACUUAACUUUGUAAGUAUGGUGCGUUGUAAAAUGAUCAAGGGUCUGUCCGGUCAAAACACAAGUCUGUAAGGAUAUGUAUUAUAUACCUUAUUUUAUUUUACAUAAAAGCAUACCACUGGAAACCAUAUUGCAACCAAAAGAUGCAGGUUAAUUUUUUGUUUUACCUAUAUAAAGGUUCUAAUCAUGGACCAAAAAAAUCCUAAGAAAUUGAGUGCUACUUCAUGUGUAUAUGACACUAUGAAAUGUAUAACCUUUUGUCUGCAUCUGUGCUGAUCAAUCUGUCAACUUUAAAUCCUUGAUUCACGAACUAAGAGAUCAACAGUGUUAAGUAUUGCUCCAAAGCUCAGCAAUUUUUCCCGGAAACAACUCAACUUUUCUGUUGUACUCCUUAUUGAAAGUUCAACAGUUGACCCGGUUAUAAUGGCAUUAGGUAAGAACAACAUUUCCAGUUCCUGUUUCGGUAAUUUUGUUUCACAGGUAGGCUACAAUCAAUGGUAGGACAAGUCCUCUCUGCCUCUUCUCAAUAUAUGGAAGAUAUGAAAGCGUGUUCAAAGUGAUAUCCCGUCGUGUAGGCUACAAUCAACGGUUGGACUAGUCCUCUCUGCCUCUUCUCAAUAUAUGGAAGAUAUGAAAGCGUGUUCAAAGUGAUAUCCCGUCGUGUCAUUGGGAAAGAUCAUACAAGGUCGUAAGUUAUAUUAAUCUUCACCUUUGUAAGUUUAAGAGUGUUCAACAUGGUGUUCACGUCUUUAAAAUGCCUGGACCAAAAUUAGCCCAGAGUUGACCUUAUCUCAACUUCGUGUACAGUAGAUUCAAUCAGUGAAAACGUCUGAAGGUAGGAGAACAUGUGCUUGUUUUCAACAAUUACAGUUGGCCAUUUUAAAUGUAAUGACAGAACAUAGCAUAUGCAGGUUUCCAAAUACAACUCUUAAUAGAUCAUCACAAAGUCCUAUACACUUCAACAUGUAUGGAACUUUAAACAUAUAGAAAGCCUGUACAAGACAUGCACAUGUAAUGACAUUGCCUGUGUUUUCCUGGUGUGUUAUGAAUGUGUUAGUAGUGCUUUCUGUUUUAUAUGAAGUGUUUGAGUUCCUUGUAGAAAGUUAGAGUGCAUGUACAGUUUACAAUUCUUGUCACAAAUCGAAUAGAAUAUGCCUCUUGAAAAAGACAAAUUAUGUCUGAAAACAAAGGUGUUUGAAAUACAUUUAGAGCCAGGUAUUAUUAAAAGUGUUCACUAAUGUCUAUGUAUUUGACUUUGCGCAUAAAGAAACUCCACAGAUGUGUUUUGUAUGAUAGGGCUCCAUUCUCUCCCAUCGACUUGGUUCCCUUUUUCUUAUCACUUCCUUCUUUAGACUCAAUUUGAGGGAGGGAAACUAGACAUAAAUCAUUGCUGACAAUAGCAUAACAUGCUAUAGCUUUACAAAGCUAUAGCAUGUUACAAUGACAGGAGCAGAAGACCAUCCUCAACAUUUUAUUUUUCGGACUGGAGCAUAAUUUUUCAUGUACAUUGUAAUGUACGGGUCUCUUUUCAGAUGGCUUUGUAAAGAUCCCUGUGCUCCUGAGAUGGAGGAGGCGUACACAGAGCUGUACAGGGAGUUCCUCCAACUGCGCUUGCUGUGUCUGAAGCAGGCUUCUUUACUCAAGCAACUCACAGAGACACUGAGGACACAGCAAGGUCACUCCCAUCUCCUUGUUAUAUUACCAAAAGUUAUAUACUUCUCAUGCCAUGUCUCUUCUGCAGGUUCUUAUCAUUGUGUUACGAUGAGUGCCGAAAGACCUUCAUGUCUUAAAGUAAUGAUGGACUGUCGUUUCUCUUUGCUUAUUUGAGCUGUUCUUGCCAUAAUAUGGACUUGGUCUUUUACUAAACAGGGCUAUCUUCUGUAUACCAACCCUACCUUGUCACAACAUAACUGAUUUGGCUCAAACACAUUGAGAAGGAAAUAAAUUCCACAAAUUAACUUUUAACAAGGUACACCUGUUAAUUGAAAUGCAUUCCAUGAAGCUGGUUGAGAGAAUGCCAAGAGUGUGCAAAGCUGUCAUCAAGGCAAAGGGUGGCUAUUUGAAGAAUCUCAAAUAUAAAAUAUAUUUUGAUUUGUUUAACACUGUUUUUGGUUACUACCUGAUUCCAUAUGUGUUAUUUCAUAGUUUUGAUGUCUUCACUAUUAUUCUACAAUGCAGAAAAUAGUAAAAAUAAAGAAAAAUCCUUGAAUGAGUGGGUGUGUCCAAACUUUUGACUGGUACUGUAUACAAUAUCAAUUAAUCUAGUAGGCUACAUUUACAUUUUAGUCAUUUAGCAGACGCUCUUAUCCAGAGCGACUUACAAGACAUUCAAGAUGUUUGACAGACUUAUAAAUGCUGGUUCCUUCCUUAGGAGGAGCCCCUGUUCCUGACGGAGACCCCAGCGUAAUGGCAUCAAUCCCAGUCCAGUGCACCCAGGCAUCAAUGGUCCCAACACACAACCCUGCUGCACCCCAUGACAUUAUAGGCCCAUCUGGGGCCGUGGGGUCACUCGCUAAUCUCCUGGCAGGGGAUUUGGGCAGACUACGGCUGGACUUCGCUCAUCCAGGGACAGAAAGGAAGGAGGUCCUCAAAGCCACCCCCCUCGGGCCUCUGGACCUACCUGGGGGUAAUGUAGAGAUGGCACCCUCCAGUGUCUCUGGGGACUCGAAGCAAGCAGGUCGAUUUCGGGGUGAUGAUAAGACCCGACAAAUGUUCAGGGUAGGUUUCUCCCCUUGAAUUAAUUGUAUUUUUUAAAUUUUUUACUAGUCAUGUCAUUAAGCAUCUGUUUGUCCUCUCCCUCCCCCCGUCCCUGUGCCUCCCCUCAAACCUCUCUCCACUCCCCCUGCUGCUCAGAUGCCCUCGGCGUGUGGCUCCUUCCUGGACAGUGAGUUUCUGAGCCAGACCGGGGGGAUGAUGCUGAUGUCAGAGGUGGCGCUGCAGUCUCAGGUGUGUGACUUCUGCAAUGCUGUGUUCCCCGGCCACACCACCACCAGGGGGGACUUCAUGUGCCACCUCCACACACACAUCACCUAGAACAUUAGUUCCCAACCAGUGGUACUAGGACCCCUGGGGAUACUUGACCUAUCCACAGGGGGUACUUGAGAAGACCCAUGAGACCAUAGGCUUACUGGUAAAAUGCACAUGAGGGGUACUCCGGGCAGAGCAAAACACUGUUGGCGUUACAGUAACCGAAAAAGAUUGGGAACCACUGACGUAGAACACUGCUUCCCUGCACCACCUCCACACAUACACAUCGUCUACAACACUGGUUCCCCCAUAACAUCUCCACACACAUAA